AUAUAUUAUUUAAUUAAAAAAAAGCCCCAAUAAAUAUAUAAUUUUGUUGUUGUUUUUAAUAAAUACGUAACGCCGAGUAUAUACAUAGGCGCACGCAGGCGACUUGAUAUACAAGGGCGCCGCCGCUCUCUGUCAUUCUAGAUAGUGGAAGAUACCGUAAAAAAAACAAUUAAAACUGUAAUAUAUAAAUCGGUUGUAGAGGGGCAAGCUCGGGAGGAUCGAGAGCGGCGUUUCUGGGAGCAGCGCUGCUUGCACUAUGGCGGUAAACUUGGACAAAGAGGCCUAUUACCGGAGGAUCAAGCGGCUGUACAGCAACUGGAAGAAGGAAGAUGAGUUUGGGAAGGUGGAUGCCCUGGUGGUGUCGGUGGGGGUGGAUGAAGAAAUCGUCUACGCGAAAUCAACCGCUCUGCAGACCUGGCUGUUCGGGUACGAGCUGACUGACACCAUCAUGAUCUUCUGCGACUCGAAGAUCGUCUUCAUGGCCAGCAAGAAGAAGGUGGAGUUCCUGAAGCAGAUCGCCAACACCAAGGGCAGCGAGAACGCCAACGGGGUACCGCCCAUCACACUGCUCAUCAGGGAGAAGAACGAGAGCAACAAAGGCAACUUUGACAAGAUGGUGGAGGCGAUCAAAGGCAGCAAGGAGGGGAAAACCAUUGGGGUGUUCAGCAAAGACAAGUUCCCGGGAGACUUCAUGAAGAGCUGGAACGACGCUCUCAACAAAGAGGGGUUCGAGAAGGUGGAUAUCAGUGCAGCAGUGGCCUACACCAUCGCUGUGAAGGAGGACGGGGAGCUUGGCUUCAUGAAGAAAGCAGCCAGCAUCACCUCUGAAGUGUUCAACAAGUUCUUCAAGGAGCGGGUGAUGGAGAUUGUGGAUGCAGAUGAGAAAGUGCGUCACAGCAAGCUAGCGGAGUCGGUGGAGAAAGCUAUCGAGGAGAAGAAAUACCUGGCUGGGGCUGACCCCUCCACAGUGGAGAUGUGCUACCCACCCAUCAUACAGAGUGGGGGCAACUACAACCUCAAAUUCAGCGUGGUAAGUACCAGUGGAAAGUUUGCCGAGUCGGUGGACCCGCCACAGGACAUGCAAGACAACUACAGCUUCCUGCUGCAGGUCGAGGAGGAGCUGCUCAAGGAACUGCAACACGGUGUGAAGCUGUGCGAUGUGUACAGCACAGUGAUAGAAUUUGUCAAGAAAGAAAAGCCAGAUCUGCUUGGAAAACUAACCAAGAAUUUGGGGUUUGCGAUGGGUAUCGAGUUCAGAGAAGGAUCGCUGGUGCUGAACAGCAAGAAUCAGUACAAGGUGAAGAAAGGGAUGGUGUUCAGCAUCAACCUGGGAUUCUCUGAGCUGCUUAACAAGGAGGGGAAGAAGGAGGAGCAGAAGAAGUACGCCCUGUUCAUCGGAGACUCCGUGCAGGUCAACGAGGAGGGACCAGCUACUGUAUUGACCCCAGUAAAGAAGAAAAUCAAGAAUGUCGGGAUCUUUCUAAAGAAUGAAGAUGAUGACGAGGAUGAGGAGCAGGACAAGGCUGAAGACCUGCUGGGGAAGCCCCGAGCUGCCCUGCUCACUGAGAGGACCCGGAAUGAGAUGACGGCUGAGGAGAAGAGGCGGGCUCACCAGAGGGAGUUAGCCAAUCACGUGAACGAAGAGGCCCGGAGGAGACUGACAGAACAGAAGGGAGAGCAGCAGAUGCAGAAAACCCGCAAGUCCAACGUGUCGUAUAAAAACCCGUCUCAGAUGCCCAAGGAGAAGGAGAUCCGUGAGAUGAAGAUCUUCAUCGACAAGAAGUAUGAGACGGUCAUCAUGCCCGUGUUCGGCAUCGCCACGCCAUUCCACAUCGCGACCAUCAAGAACAUCAGCAUGUCUGUGGAGGGAGAUUACACCUACCUGAGAAUCAACUUCUACUGUCCGGGCAGCGCGCUGGGGAGGAACGAGGGCAACCUCUUCCCCAACCCAGAAGCCACUUUCGUCAAGGAGAUCACGUACCGCGCGUCGAAUCUGAAGACCCCGGGGGACCCCUCGGUGCCGGCAACGAACCUCCAGAAUGCUUUCCGCAUCAUCAAGGAGGUGCAGAAGAGGUACAAGACCAGGGAGGCGGAAGAGAAGGAGAAGGAGGGCAUUGUGAAGCAGGACUCCCUCGUGGUGCACAUGAACCGAAGCAACCCCAAACUCAAGGACCUUUACAUCCGACCCAACAUCGCCCAGAAGAGGAUGCAGGGCUCCCUGGAGGCACACUCGAACGGUUUCCGGUUCACGUCAGUGCGCGGUGACAAAGUGGAUAUCCUGUACAACAACAUCAAGCACUCCCUGUUCCAGCCCUGUGAUGGAGAAAUGAUCAUCGUGCUACACUUCCACCUCAAGAACGCCAUCAUGUUUGGCAAGAAGAGGCACACAGAUGUGCAGUUCUACACUGAAGUGGGGGAGAUCACCACCGACCUGGGCAAGCACCAGCACAUGCACGACCGAGACGACCUCUACGCAGAGCAGAUGGAGCGAGAGAUGAGACACAAGCUGAAGACGGCUUUCAAGAACUUCAUUGAGAAGGUGGAGGCCCUGACAAAAGAGGAGCUGGAAUUUGAGCUGCCUUUCAGAGACCUGGGGUUCAGUGGAGCCCCCUACAGGAGUACAUGCUUACUGCAGCCCACCAGCAGUGCACUGUGCAACGUUACUGAAUGGCCCCCCUUUGUGGUUACAUUAGACGAGGUGGAGCUCAUUCACUUUGAGAGGGUGCAGUUCCACUUGAAGAAUUUCGACGUAGUGAUUGUGUACAAGGACUACAGCAAGAAGGUGACGAUGAUCAAUGCUGUGCCCGUCAACUCCCUGGAUCCCAUCAAGGAGUGGCUGAACUCCUGUGACAUCAAGUAUACUGAAGGGGUACAGUCCCUGAACUGGACCAAGAUCAUGAAGACCAUUGUGGACGACCCCGAGGGCUUCUUUGAGCAGGGGGGCUGGUCUUUCCUGGACCCCGAGGGAGAGGGCAGCGGAGCAGAGAACCAGGACUCUGAGUCGGAGGUCGAAGACGAGACCUUCAACCCUUCAGACGAGGAGGAGGAAGAGGAGGAGGAGGACAGCGAUGAGGACUAUGACUCUGAGACGGAGGACAGCAAUUACAGCGAGUCUCUGGCCAGUGAUGAGGAGAGUGGUAAAGAUUGGGAUGAGCUGGAAGAGGAGGCCAGGAAAGCGGACCGGGAGAGCCGCUAUGAGGAGGUGGUGGAGGAGCCUGCCAGCCGCAAGAGGAAAGGCCAUUCUGCACCCUCGUCCUCCAGCAAGAAGAGAAAGAAAUAGAGCAGCCCAGGGUUCAGUCCACCUUCAAUUCACAUUCACAUCAGAUUUAUAUGAAAACAGUCCUGGAUUCAGUCCACAUUCAAACAAAUUUCAGUCUGGACUUCAAUUCAAACCAGAUCCAAACCCAUCACGGACACAGCCACCUGUCCAGUUAUUAUUUUUCUGUUUUUCACGACCGCCGAAUGAAAAACAAACUACAAGCAGCGAUACCUUUCCCUGCCCCAACAGCGCUUUCCCUGUACCGAGAGAGAGUGGAGGAGGAUAUAUGGCACUGCUCUCAAAUAAAUAAAUAAAUACAUACAUAAUAACAAGAACAACGAUGGGAAAGUCAGGAAAAACUAUUUUAGUAUUUCUGCAUAUUCUGCUGUUUGGAUGUUUUAUAGGUAUGGACUAAAGGUUUCUGCCUGUGCCUUGAUCAGUGUAAUUAGCUUUCACA